AUGCUUCUCCCUAUCAAAAUUUUCCUAGUUGCUGGCUUCCUUGUCGAUGGACAAUCGACUCCUACAAAAAGCUAUCCGGUACCGAACCCAUUAAACGGUACAUGUCAAUAUGAUGGUCUGGCCAUGGCGGAUCCAUACGAUCCAAUGAUAUUCUAUCAAUGUUGCAAAUAUAUGUGGUUUUUUCAAACUUGCAACGACGGCAUGGUUUUUGAUAAAAUUAAACUCGCCUGCGUUCCAUCUUCUGGUUCUUCUCAAAAACUGGCAGUUAAUCAGAAAGUUUUUUAAUUGCUAAUUAAAAAUAUACGUUAAUUUAGCAUGAA